AUGCUGCGUCAUUGUAUUCCACGUUUAGGCAUAGCCAAAACAGUCAUAAAAGACAAUUAUUCACUUUCAACACUCACCAAUGGUUUGCGUGUGCUCACAUGCGAUGAUGGUAAUGGAGUCACGGGUAUGGGACUCUUUAUGCUGAAUGGUGCCAAGUUUGAAAGUCCUGACAACGCUGGUGCUGCUGCGGUGUUUGAAGCCCUUCCGCUACGUGAUAAUCAAAUUUAUACUAGCCGUGAGAUCAGCCAAGCAUUGAGUGGCCUCGGUAACGCUUUUAAGGUGACGAAUAAUAAAGAAGCUCUCUCCGUUAUUCUCAUGCUGCCGCGAUACCACCAGCGUGAUGGGUUGGAGCUUCUUAACGCCAUGUGCCUCCACCCCACGCGAAAUGAGGAGGAGUUUCGCAUUGCAAAGGAGAAAACACACGAGCGAACAUUGUUAUAUGAUCGUGACGCUACCAGUGUAUGUUUUGAGCUUGUCCAUGAAGCGGGAUGGAACGGUAAAGGUCUGGGACAUUCCCUCAAUCCAAAAAAGGAAGAACUCGACAAACUUACGUUGGAGAAAUUUACGGCAUUCCACAGCGCCUGCACACGUCCAGAGCGUACCGUACUAGCCGCGACGGGAGUGGCCGAUCACAAGUCGUUUGCUGAAGAGGUGGAGAAGUUGUUGCGGUUCAACAAUGCAGACGUAGCGGUGCAGGCAAUGCCGCAGCUGCAACCCGGUUACUACCCCUAUACGGGUGGCAGUCGUUUGGUCCACCGCACGGAGGCUCCAGAAAGCGUGAAUAAGUUUCAAGAGAAGAGUUUGAGUCAUGUGGCUCUCUUCUUUCAGGGCGUACCAAUCAACCACCCGGAUUAUUACAACAUAAGUGUGAUUCAAACACUUCUUGGCGGGGGCACAUCGUUUAGCUCCGGUGGUCCUGGUAAAGGGAUGCAGACAAAGUUGUUCCGUGAGGUGCUUAAUAGGGAAGGUUUCUUACAUGGGCUAGAAUGCAUCACUGCGUGGUAUAGUGACGGCGGAUUGUUUGGGCUUUAUGGUACUGCCCCCCAUCAGGCCGUUGUAUCGCUUCUUAACGUAAUGAUAUAUCAAGCGGCGUCUAUUUGCCAACGGGUUAGUCCCACGCAUUUAGAAAUGGCGAAGAAUCAACUCCGCUCGCAGCUCAUAUUGCUAGGUGAGGGGAGAGAACAACUCCUCUCUGAUAUGGGUUUCAACUUGGUUGUGCACAAUCACAUAAUAACAGCCACGGAAACAAUGGAAGGAACACGCAACAUAACAUUGGAUGACUUGAAACGUGUUUGCGCUGAUAUGAUAAAAAAGCCACUCACAUUCACUGUGUAUGGCGACACGACGAAGAUGCCAUCACAUGAGUCCUUGGAAGAAACCGUUCGCAAAACUUAUGAGAAACUAAACUGA